UGACCAUAUUUAUCCUGAUUGUAGUCUCAAGUUAUUUUUAUGAUAAUCGAUCUGCUUUCCAUGUGUGGAGAACGACCCUUGCUUGUUGUGUUGAUGCAUCGACCCCCUACUAGAUUAAGCAACUCGGUCCUGGUUUCCUUUUCCGUUGUCAUUAAAUGAUAUGCCCGGUCUUCGUGUCAGCCUCCAAACUUUGGCAAUAUGUCCCAGGAAAUACCUUUCGUUUCACCCUGAGAAUGUCAAGGAAGAUCCUGACUGUUGAACAGGUUAGUGGUUGCUUCAGUGUGUACUCAACCCCCUGUUAGCGUUUGUUCAUCAUUCAUUUCUGGCCGACCGUUCUAGUCUACCAUGCUUUCUUGAUAGAUUCUUUGCUGCACUAUAUGGUUCACUCACUUUCUUUUGUAUCUCGUCCUAUUGUAGUCAAUAUAUUUUCUACGUAUUUCCGUUUGUCAAUUCUGAUGUUCUGAGAUCUUGUGUAUUUCGUAAAUGCAUUGGAUUUCUCUGGUUUUGUUUUGGCUAUCAUUUGCUAUAGCUUACCCCUCAAAUCUCGCCCAAACCGUUUACUGCUGUCCACUGCCUGUCCUGGUGUUCAUUGAGUGCUAACACCUAGUAUUUUGAAACUUGUAUUCUUGAUCGAUCUGCUCUUCUGUAGCUGUCACUAUUGGAUUAUAAUUGACAGUUGCGUCUCUGUGCUAAUGCGGUAUGACAGCCUGAACUGAUAUACUUACGGAGUUCUCUGUUGUAGCUGACUCGCUGGUCAGGUAGAAGUCAUGUAAAUAUUCGUAUUCAUUUUCGGAAGGAGGGAAUGCUUUCUCUUGACUAUGUUGCUAAAAUUACGCAGAUCUACCAGAUUUACCAUUCUCAAUUCCUCCUGGUUCAUGUUCGUUAUUUUUCAUACCAACCUUGGCGUUUAAAUCCCACGUCGGAAUGAUCAGGUAUUUCCCUGUGAAUUUCCCCAAUAUGGCGUAGAACUUCCCUUAAAUCUGGUCCUUGUCACCACUACCACCAUUCAUAGGUGAGAAUAUGAACUUAAUCACUUAAAAAAUCGUUUGACGUAGACUUUUGGGCGCAUUCACAAAAUUGUUUUUCUGUGUAGCGACAAUUAUUUUUUCCUAUUGCAAGUAUACGUACUUCAGGUGAGUGGAGUUAAUGUCUCUUGAACAGAAUAUGUUUCCUAGAAGUGAUGAUUGCAACAAUGAUUCAGCCAAUCAAGAUAGUUCACCCGCUAUCCACGUGGAUGAUGUGCAGAGAAUGGAAGCUCGUCUGCUAAAGUUGUUAGAUGAACUUAAUGUUGGGAAAUCAUCCUUCGGUCCGAAUUGUCCUUAUGAAAAACUUGAUUCAAUUCGAGAACAGCAAGAAGAACUUAUGCGGUUGCAUUUUGAGCAAGAUAGAAAAAUGAUGUCAAUCCUGGAAACCAACUCAACUCUCGGGCGGCGUCCUGUUAGAGCACUUUUAACGGACGAGGGUCGGAAAACUACGAAAGCAAAUAUUGAUGCACUAGUCACACGACUGGAGUCUCUGAGUUAUGCAAUACAUAACCUUCACUACACCAAUAGACCGCGGUCGUAAUGUCAAUAAACCUUUAUCCAACAAGAAAUAUUAUUCCGUUGAUUUGUAGUGUAUAUUCUUAAAUUGUCAAUUAGCAGUGAUAACUAAUGUAACUCGAGGAAUAUCAAUAACAUUGAUUAUCGAUAUUUUAAUUGUGUCCAAGAUGAAAUAAUGGUUAAACCUAAAUUGUCGAUUCUUCCUAUACUUACUAUAGUGUUUCUUAGCAUAAUAAAUAUAUGUCAUCAGUUAGUUGUUUCUUCGACUCCUGUUGAUUGAUACAAUCUUGUAUUACUCUAUUACUACGUAUUACUAUGCAAAAUCUCUUCUCUUGGUUCGGUACCUUACUGCUAUCGAUUUAAUCAUCUC